AUCGGUCCUACCCGAGCUCGAGCAGAAGCUGGAAGGCGAGGAGAUUGACAAAUUUGGAGAAGUUCGUUAGUGAGGGCACCAGUGUCGUCAUGGAAAGGGACGGAGACGAGAUGGGACGUUGAGAAUUUUCGGAAUUUUCUCCCUCUCCGUCUGCGCGGGCACAUCGACAAGCUCAGAAUUCGAUGAAUUUUCACCGUGUCACUUUUUCUCCACUGCCUUUUACGAAUUGCGAGGCCCAGAAAGUGACUGCAGUUGGUAUUCUCCGUCGGUCGUUCUCAGAAUGAUGACUUGUUGUUCGCGGACUGGAACGAAUCUCGAGCGGAAAAGUGAGCUAGAGACUGAGCAGUUGUGAAUCUUCUGAGCUUGAAGGACGGAUUGGAGUCGGCAGAAGUGAGUUUCAGGUGGUUCUCGUGCUGGAGCCGGUCGAUCACCGAGUGGGCGGGUAGUUUGGGGAGGAGAAGUAGAGAUUCGGUAAACUCACGGUGUUUGGAUAGUCCAGUUUUUUGAACGGGAAGGCGUGAAGAGCAGCAGGGAGGAGAAUUAGGGGCCCGGGAGGAAUUUCGAUCGAUCUGUACAGUUUGCAGGACAGGAGAGAGAGGGAGAAUGAUUUCGUCUUCUGCUGCCGCGCGUCUGGUCCGGAGGAUUUCUCUAAAACGAGGAUCUGGAGCUGCGUGUUUGAGCUCAUGCGGAAUUUCCACGACAACAUCUUCCCGAGUACCGUCGGUGGAGGAAGCUGGAACUGCACAGUCCGGCGAUUCCAACGACUGGAAUCAACACCGCCUUACUGAAGAUCAACAAUCGUUCCAGACUCUCGCUUCGGACUUUGCUCGCAAUGAAUUGAUACCUUUCGCGGCAGAAUGGGAUGAAAAGAAGCACUUUCCAGUAGACGUGCUCCGCAGUGCUGCGAACCUGGGGUUUGGAGGUAUUUUUUGUGGUCACGAUGUAGGGGGCUCAGGUCUGACCAGGGCAGAUGGUGCGAUAAUUUUCGAGGCCCUCGCAUAUGGAGACAUCGGUACAACCGCCUACCUUACGAUUCAUAACAUGUGCUGCUCUAUCAUUGACAGAUUUGGUACGGAGGAACAGCGUCAGACGUGGUUACCGGGACUCACUUGCAUGGAUCGCCUUUCAUCAUACUGCUUGACGGAGCCCUCAAGUGGGAGUGACGCCGCCUCACUGCGGACGACCGCGCGGAGGGAUCCGGGAAGUACAGACUACAUACUAACAGGAGAGAAGGCAUUUGUCAGCGGAGGUGGCUCAAGUGAUGUGUACCUAGUCAUGGCUCGUACUGGUGCUGAUGGUCCCAAAGGAAUCUCGUGCUUCAUUGUGGAGAAGGAUAUGCCAGGGGUAUCAUUCGGUCGUCAGGAAGACAAGAUGGGUUGGCGGAAUCAACCCACUUCAGCGGUGAUCCUAGAGGAUGUGAGGGUACCUGAACAAAAUCGAAUCGGUGCAGAAGGACAAGGCUUCAACAUCGCUUUGACAGGUCUGGAUGGCGGCCGCAUCAAUAUUGGCACAUGCAGUGUCGGCGGUGCACAGUUCUGUCUCGAUACUGCUAAAGAAUAUGUUUCCACACGAAAGCAGUUUGGAAAGCCCAUCUUACACUUCCAGCAUACCCAAUUUAAGCUGGCAGACAUGAUGACAUCUGUUGUUGCAUCACGGUUGAUGGUAGCGAAUGCAGCAGCAGCGCUUGAUGCCAAGACUCCAUGGGCAACGCCAUCAGCGGCCAUGGCUAAGAGAUUCGCGACGGAAACCUGUUUCAACGUGUGCAGUGAGGCACUCCAGCUCCAUGGUGGAUAUGGUUAUCUGAAAGAUUACCCUAUUGAGAGGUACGUGCGUGACCUUCGAGUACAUAUGAUUCUAGAGGGAACAAAUGAGGUCAUGCGCUUGGUCAUUUCUCGACAUAUGACAAAGAAGCUUUGACGUUACCUCGGAGGGCUGAACAGAACCUCGCACAAUGAGGGGCAAUGUAAAUACUGCAGGUCAAGUAAUGUUGGUCAAUAAUCAGUUACACAGCAUGUCGUGAAGGUGCAUAACUAAGUAACAGACAUCCGUACUUGAUCAGCAUUAUUCGAUAUAGAUGAGAAGGUGCAAUGCUCCAAGGCGUAUCACUUCGCCAUUCUUUGUACAGAUUUGUAUUAAAUAGGGAACGGAUGUCCAUUAAUUUAAUAACACAUUGAAUGAUUCGAUGUGAUAUUCAAUAAGAUUUCAUUAACUU